AUGGGUCAAGAAACGAAGGAGCCUAAGGUCUGGUUCAGCGCUUUGUCCGGCUUCGGUCGGGUGAUGACUGAGCAUGCACUUGCCCAAGGGGACAACUGUGUAGCUACAUCCAUCGACCCGUCUUCGCUCGAGGACUUGGAGAAACAGUACGGUCCAUCUCGACUGCUGAACCUCCAGCUGGACGUCACCAAGCCCGAAGAGAUCAUCUCUGCAUUCAAAGCCGCCAAAGAGCACUUCGGACAUGUCGACAUCGUACUGAACAACGCCGGCCUGGGAAUGUUCGGAAUAGUCGAAGUCGUACCCGAAGCAAUGGCGCGCAAGGUGUUCGAUGUCAACUUCUGGGGAUGCGUGGGCGUGACGAAGGAGGCGGUAAGGUUCUUCAGAGAGGAGAACCCGAAAGGCAGGGGAGGGAAGUUGCUGGUGAUGAGCUCAGCUACGGGGCUGGGAGUCACUGAGUUCCUGGGAUAUUAUUCGGCCAGGCGCGCAAGACUACACAUUUCCAUCGAGGCGAUCACCACUGCCGUGGCGUGCGAGAUCAAACCCGAGUGGAACAUCCAAGUACCAGACCUCACUGGUUCUCAUUUUCCAUGCUGA